CUCCAUAAACUAAUUAAAACCAUGCUAAAUAGACCGGUAAAUGCCACCUAAAACCAUAUCAUUCUAUGCACACAAGAGAAGGAAAGAAAACGAAAUCACUCAUAAGCCACCUUUAACGACCCCAGCUCCUUACCCCCAUAGUUCAACUUAGCACUUCCCCCCUUAACCCCAGUAGUAGUAGCACCCUUCAUCCCCUUCCAAUAUUUCUGAUCCUUAGUGGAUCCAUCCCCCUUAGUCCCAUAAUUUUCAACUGCAUACAAACAAAACCCAUUUUAUGCUUUAUCAUCCUCCUGCACCUCCUUCUUCCCCUCUUCAGUCAAACCCAUGUUGACCUUAAUCACCCUCGAAACCCCAUGGUUAAGAUUAUCUGGCUUCACGAAAUUCGACGUAUCCUGGACAUUCUCCUGCGCAAAGGCUUUGUCCUCAUUCUUUAGUCCGGUUUUCAUCUGCGUGCACCAGGGCUGCGCGCGGGCGCGGAAAUUUGCUGCCUCGAGGAAGAGCUCGUCUGAGUUACCGGGAUUCUGGGGGAGGUCUUUGGCACAGGUAGUGGAGAGUUUGACGGAGGAGGUGGAGGUGAAAUCGUUGCCGCGCUUGGUGUUUUUGCUCAAUUCUUCCGGUGAUAUGUCCUGCGUGACGACGGGGGCCGGGGGUGGGUUUGAGAGCACGCCAAAUCGGUAUGGUAGAGGACUUGGGGCUGCUGGUGCGGUGAGUGCUGAGGGGACGAGGGUAAAGGCGGCGAGAAGAAUUAUGGGUGUGGCAACCUUUGUGGAGGAAGUUGUUAGGAAGGAUUCUGAAGUAAUGAAGUUGUAGAGUGGUUGGUUUGGUUUGAAUUCUCGAUUGGAGAGCAGAUUGAAUUGUGUUGUCGUUGAUGAUGAGUGCAAUCAGACGGUGCAGACGUCACUUAUCUAUUAAAUCCCAACUCAAUUGUAUAGUUUAA